AUACUUGAGGAAAUGCUUGAAAUUUCAAAAUGUUUAGAUUAAAUUUAAAUAAAAAGCUCUAAUCUUCAAAAGUUUAUUUUCCCGCUUAGAAAAAAAGAAAAGAAAAAGAAAAAAAAAUUGAUAGUAGUACUAUUUAUCAGUGAGUGGCACAAUCGCAUUCAUUUUGAAUAGGUAGUAAAUCAUAGUUCAAAUUAGGGCUUAACCCUAACACCCAAAUCAGGUGCAACGGUCUAAAAAUGGCGGAGUCGUCGGAGGGGGAGGAGGAAGGGAAGCUGACCGGCGGCAACCCGCAGCUGGUGGUGGACGACGACCUCCGUGAUAUGGCCAAGAAGGCCGCCUGGAGCGUCAGCUCCUGCAAGCCCGGAAACGGCGUCGCUUCCCUCCGCGACGACAAUCUCGAUACAUACUGGCAGUCGGAUGGUGCACAGCCUCAUCUUGUUAACAUCCAGUUCCAAAAGAAAGUUAAACUUCAAUUAGUUGUUCUGUAUGUCGAUUUCAAGCUAGAUGAGAGCUACACUCCUAGCAAGAUCUCGAUUAGAGCUGGUGAUGGUUUCCACAACUUGAAGGAGAUAAAGACAGUGGAGCUUGUUAAACCAACUGGUUGGGUAUAUAUAUCAUUGUCGGGGAGUGAUCCGAGGGAAACUUUUGUGAAUACCUUCAUGUUGCAAAUUGCUGUUUUGUCGAAUCAUCUAAACGGAAGGGAUACGCACCUGCGCCAAAUCAAAGUUUAUGGGCCUCGACCGAAUCCCAUCCCCCACCAACCUUUUCACUUCACUUCGACCGAGUUCAUUACUUACUCAAUUCUGCGAUGAAGUGGAUUUGCCUCUGCUGAGAUUAGAGAAUCACAAAAAGGUUCCAGUCGUUUCUUUAGUAACUCGGCAGUAUUGACCUUAUAAUUUUUUGUGGUUUUUGAUUUCGGAAACACACUCUCUGUAUGUAGCUUAGUCCAAUCCUAUUUGUUUCACAAUAUGUAGGUUAUUCACAACCUUGUCAUGGUCGUGAUACGGUGUAAUAUUUUGUAACUAUUUGUUUACUCAAAUGUACGGACAUAAUUGAUAAUUUAUUAGCAAUACAGCAGCAAGUGCUCCUUGAUUU